UGUGACGUCUGCUACCUGCAAAAAUUACGUAAAAAUUUGUAUUAUUUCAGUUUUUACGUUUUGUACAAUAGUUAUUUCAGGCUUAAUUCAUAAUUUACAAUAAAAUAAAACUAAAAGCUAUCAAGAAAUCACUUCCAGGCUGGUACAUCGUUUGGAAGUGUUGUUUAUCGAAAUUCAGAUUCGUUCGUGAGCUACUGGGUGGUAUGUCAGAUACCCCGCCGGCUACUGAGACACGGCAACCGAAACUGAAAAAAAUCCGAAGGGACUAAUUUUUUAAGGAGAUACAAAAUCAAACAUUUCAAAAUGAACAUCCGAUGCGCGCGUCCAAGCGAUCUCAUGAACAUGCAGCACUGCAACUUGUUGUGUUUACCAGAAAACUAUCAAAUGAAAUAUUACUUCUAUCAUGGUUUAUCUUGGCCACAACUGAGCUAUGUAGCAGAAGAUGAGAAAGGCCACAUAGUUGGGUAUGUCCUUGCAAAAAUGGAAGAGGAUGGUGAAGAUAAUCGUCACGGACACAUCACAUCUUUGGCUGUGAAGAGGUCCCACCGUCGCUUAGGUUUAGCCCAAAAGCUGAUGAACCAGGCAUCUCUAGCAAUGGUGGAAUGUUUUCAGGCCAAAUAUGUUUCCCUGCAUGUAAGGAAAAGCAAUAGAGCUGCUUUGAAUCUGUACACAAACUCACUCGGCUUCAAAAUACUCGAAAUUGAGCCUAAAUACUAUGCAGAUGGUGAAGAUGCUUACUCUAUGAUGAGAGACCUCAGUGCUUUCGCAACUGACACCAAGACUGAAACUGCACCAUCAGAAAAUCUAGAAAUUAAAUCAGAGUCAACUAUUGUAUCACAGUGCUAAACAUUUAUAUUGCAAUAAAUUAUAUUAA